GCGCCGCGUCGCUCGGGGCUGCGGAACGGCGCCGCCGCGGGGGCUGAGCGGAGCGCUCCGGAGCCGGGCGCGGGCUCCCGUAACUUUCGCGGACGGCCACCGCGCGUGGUGAGCCGCCGUUGGGACUCUCCCCGUCCGCGCUCCCCGCUGAGAGGCGCCGGACACCGCGAGGCGAGAAGCAUGGGACGGCGGACGGCGCGGCGGGGCCCCCUUCUCUUUUCUGGCCGUAGCGACUCGCAGGGCAGGAGCGCGAAAAGCCGGGCCUGCUUCCCGGGACGCAGAAACGCGGUGACGGUGGCUCCGAGGGGUAGAGCCGGGGCUCCCUCCGCAGCGCCGCGUUUUCGCCCCCGCGCUCCGCUCGCUCGCUGAACUGCUCAGAGAGGGUGCGAAGGGCGGACGCCUCGCCAUGGGGCACGGCGCGAGUCGGGCUCCGCUGAACGGCAGCGAGCCCGCCCCGUUCCGCGCCGUCGCCCUGGGGGCGAGGAACGGGACCGCGGCGCAGAUGGCGUGGGGCGGCGGCAACGGCAGCGCGGCCGGGCCCUGGGGCGGCGCGGAGCGCGGCGGGGAGCCCGGAUACCGACACUUCGCCACCGCCGCGCAGCUCGUCAUCUUCGUGGGCUCCCUGCUGGGUAACGUCAUGGUGCUGUGGUCAACUUGCAGAACAUCAGUACUUAAAUCCGUAACAAACCGAUUCAUUAAGAAUUUGGCCUGCUCGGGUAUUUGUGCCAGCCUAGUCUGCGUGCCUUUUGACAUUGUUCUUAGUGCCAGUCCACACUGCUGCUGGUGGAUCUACACGAUGCUCUUCUGCAAAAUUGCCAAGUUUCUGCACAAAGUCUUCUGCUCAGUGACCAUCCUUAGUUUUCCAGCCAUUGCUCUUGACAGAUACUACUCUGUUUUAUACCCUCUGGAAAGAAAAAUAACUGAUGCAAAAUCCCGAGACCUGGUUAUCUACAUCUGGGCCCAUGCAAUAGUGGCCAGCAUUCCAGUAUUUGCUGUGACCAAUGUGUCUGAUAUUUAUGCCAUGUCCACCUGCUCUGAAGCCUGGAGUUACUCCCUUGGCCACUUGAUCUACGUUGUCAUCUAUAACAUCACCACUGUGAUUGUACCGGUGGCUGUGGUAUUUCUCUUCAUGAUUCUUAUUCGCAGGGCACUGAGUGCCAGCCAGAAGAAAAAAGUCAUCAUAGCUGCCUUAAGGACCCCUCAGAAUACAAUUUCAAUCCCUUACGCCUCCCAGCGAGAAGCUGAGCUUCAUGUCAUGCUGCUUUCUAUGGUUGUGAUAUUUAUUUUCUGCAGCAUCCCCUAUGUGACUCUGGUGAUUUACCGUACCAUACUCAAUGUUUCAGAUAUUUCAGUCUUUCUGCUUCUCACUGCCAUUUGGUUGCCCAAGGUCUCUUUGUUAGCCAAUCCUUUGUUAUUUUUAACUGUUAACAAAUCUGUACGAAAGUGCUUAGUGGGGAUGAUAGUACAGUUGCACCAAAGGUACAGCAGGAGAAACAUUGUCAGCUCAGGUGGUGUUGCAGAUGCUAAUCUGGAGCCCAGUGCCCGUUCAGGGAGCCAGCUUCUGGAGAUGUUUCAUAUUGGGCAGCAACAAAUCUUCAAGCCAACAGAAGACGAGGAGAAUGAAACCAAAUCUGUUGGCUCUAGUGACUUUCAGCAGAAAGAAAUUCCUGUCACCAGUUCAAAAGUAGGACAGACUUCGAUUCACAGAUUUAUACCACAGACAGUUGCAGACUCUGCAGCUCAGGUGGCACCAGCUGUGCCUGCAGAAACUGAUACGGGAAAUGACAAGUAUUCCAUGCAUUUUGGUUUUGGACCCUUUGAGCUGCCUCCUCAGUGGCUGUCAGAAAGUCGGAACAGUAAGAAGCGACUCCUGCCUCCUUUGGGGAAUACCCCUGAAGAGCUAAUCCAGACAAAGCAGCCAAAGUGUAAAGCAGAAAGAAAAAUCAGCAGAAAUAAUAAAGUCAGUAUCUUUCCCAAGGUGGAUUCUUAGGAGGAAUAGGAGCUUUAAGUGACCGACAAAGGUCACCUAAACUUAUUUGUGUGAUCCCAUGGAUCUUUGCUGUGCUGAAAUCUGUUACAGGCUGAUUUUUUUGUGUAUGUGUAUGUGUGCCAAGUGUAAUUAAACAAACAAAAGGGAAACAUG